AGCUGGGUGGGUAAUUGGGGGAGGUCGCCUCUUGAGGUGGGACGUUGGCCAAUAGGUAUGGUAGGGCUGGUCACAGGCUCAUUACAGACACUCAGAGAGAAACAACUAGGGACAAAGCCCCCUCAGGUGAGCAGGGAGACCGCCUUGCCCCCAUGCUCCCUCCUAUUCAGCCUGUGAUACACUGGGGAGCCUGAGCAGCAUCACCCCAAACAUGCUCCCCAGCCCUGCCACCUCCACCCCCUUCUCAGUUAAGGACAUCCUCAGGCUGGAGAAUGGGCAAGUGGGGAGCGCCCCAGUAAGGAGCCAUCCCGGCACUGACCCCCUACUGAUCGGAGCUGCAAGGAGGGACCCCAUAGAGAGGGACAGGGAGUCCCCGGGAGCUUUCUGUCAAUCCCCCCAAAUUGAAGAUCCGGAUUUCGCCCAGGAACAAAGUGGCUAUUUCGGGGGCCUGGGGAGAGGGGGCCCCCAAGAGCAGCUCCAUCACAGGCAGAGGAGGAAGCCGCGAGUGCUUUUCUCCCAGAUGCAGGUGUUUGAGUUGGAGAGAAGAUUCAAGCAGCAGAGGUACCUGUCCGCCCCUGAGAGGGAGCAGCUGGCAUUGGCCUUGAAGCUCACAUCCACCCAGGUGAAGAUCUGGUUCCAGAACAGAAGAUACAAGUGCAAGCGACAGAAACAGGACAGGUCCCUAGAGCUUGGGCACCCAAUCCCCCCACGCAGGGUGGCAGUGCCAGUGCUGGUUAGGGAUGGCAAACCUUGCCUAGGGCCCACUCAGACAUUUGCUUCUCCUUAUAAUGUCUCUGCCACUCCUUACACUUACCCAGUCUGCUAUGGCAACUACACCAACAGCCCUUAUUACUCAGGUGCACCCAGUGUGCCAACCAUGGGCAGUCAGCUGAUCAGUAUGAAUACCACAGCUGUGCCAAGCGGUGCCCAGCAGGGACAGUUACAGGCCACACUGCAAGGGAUUAGGGCCUGGUGAGGCGGAGGAGCAAUGGCUUUGGGUUUUGCACCCAGAUCUGUCCAAUGGUGGGCUUGCUUAUUCUUUCAGGAGACAUCAUGGACAUAUGCAACAUGGCAUCCACCCUGCUAUGGCUAGGCAUCAAUGAUUUAUAUGCAAUAAGAUAGACUCAGUGGAUCCCAGGAUCUGUGUUCUGGGGGCAUCACCAAGUUAUGCUGCAGUGGCUUCUGGGAUUUCCUCCAAUUUGACUCUCAGGGGCACUCUGUUGGGGCCUUUCUCUAUAACCCAGAGACUGAAUGGCUGGGGGAGCUGAAUGACAGCUGCUGCUCUGUUCUGGGUCGGAAGUGGCUCUUUUUAUUUCUUUCCAAUAAUUCAGAACUUAAUUGUAAUAUAUAUAGUAUAUAUAUAAUGUUGUGGUUUCAAGCUGUAAAAACUCACUGACCCCAAAGGGCCUAUAAAAAUUAUGUAACAACUCUUUGUUCUAACAAUGUAUGAAAUAUAUUUGCUAUUAAAUACAAUGUCCUUACA